AUGCAGCGAAUUCAAGUCAUCGAUAGGCUCCUCGCUUUUUUCAAGUACGUCAAGACCCUGUCAUCUCUGACAACAAUCGGUGUGAGACGUCCAUCACCCAGGUCCAUAAUCAACCCGUCACCACGGGUAUCGAGACUCCGAUCUAUCCCAUUAUACCGGCCUCCGUAUGUAGCUUGCGGAACUACAACAGUGGUCGUAACGAGCACCAACUCAAACGGUGCUAUCACUACUUUCACCACCGCUUUAACUGCUAAAUCCGACAUUACGACAACAAACUCACUAGGAUUUACUGUAGUGGCUACGAGUACCUAUGUCAGCAUAGCUAUUGCCACCACCACUCCUACUCUGCAGACAGAAACAAGUCCCGCCUGUGCUCAGGAUAACAACACCUAUUAUAUGGCCGGUGGGUACGCCUACGAAAUCCACUGCGGCUUCGAUUUCUACGGUAGCGAUUUUUCUGGUCUGCAGACCGACAAUCUGGCGGAUUGUCUCUUGGCUUGCUCCGAUUACACUUCCGAGGCGGGUCUGUACGGUGCAAGUGGUGCAUCCUCUGUCGCCGCAAGUUCGCAAUCGGCAGGCAACGAUUGUUGCCUCAAGUACGGCAUUCAUGGAAUUGACGAUGAGAAUCCCGGAAUUCCUAGCAGUUCUGACCUUGGACCUGGAAACGCCUAUACUGGAGCAUUCGCCGGUAGUACUGGAGCCGGAAAAGUCAAUACCUGA